UAAAAUUUAUAGUAAAAUUACAGAAUAAUGUCUAAAUGUCGAACUGAAUCGAAAAAGAGCCCAGUUUUACCAUGUCUGGCAUUGCUAAUAUCCAGUGCUAUUACUGUGGGUACGAUUUUUGGAACGAUAUACGCCUAUGAUGUGUACCUUCGCGAUUUAAUUACCGCCGGUUUAGAACGUUUAAAGCCGAAAAAGAAAACAUGCUGAUUCCUGAUCCCAGAUCUUUUCUAACCUCAAACCU